AUGAUCUCUCCCGAAUGGCAAGAGCUUAUAGCUCAGAAACGUGCAGCUCGGGAUUCAUAUAUUCCAUCUGCCUGGCGUGUCCCUUCUCAGAUAAUGGACAAAAUACACCCCGAAGCCAACCUAAGUGCCUUUGAUCUUUUGAAGGAGUCGAACCUUUUGACCUCGCGUGAAAUAGAGAUAACCGAAUCAUGGGACGCCACAGCUCUGCUGGGCUUUUUGGCUUCCGCGAAAAUCAGUUCUUUAGAAGUAACGGCUGCAUUUUGCAAGCGUGCGGCCAUUGCCCAGCAGCUGACAAAUUGCUUGACCGAAAUAUUAUUUGACAAGGCCUUGGAUAGAGCACGACUUCUGGACGAAUACCUGGCCAGAGAAGGGAAGACAAUGGGCCCAUUUCAUGGACUGCCUAUUAGUCUCAAAGAUACAAUGAUGGUUAAAGGGGAGUAUGCUACCCUAGGAUUUGUUUCGUAUCUCAAGAAGCCUCCCGCGGAGGAGAAUUCAGUGAUUGUCGACAUGCUACUCGACGCAGGGGCGGUUCUUUACGUGAAAACUAACGUCCCGCAAACGUUAUUUAUCUGUGAAGGAUACAACAACGUCUUUGGCCAGACAAUGAACCCCCACAAGCUGUGUCUCACUCCAUCAGGAAGCAGCUCCGGCGAAGGAGCUCUAGUAGGCUUUCGGGGCUCAGUCCUGGGAGUAGGGAGUGAUAUUGGUGGGUCAAUCCGCGCCCCAUCGCUCUGCUGUGGUGCGUUCGGGUUUAAACCUACCGCGAAUCGGCUCCCCUAUGCCAAGCAGCAGGCCCUUAUCCCUAAGGGCUGGCCAGGGAUUAUGCCAACCCUAGGCCCUCAUGCAACCUCCGCACGAGACUUGACACUACUCUUCAAGUCUAUUGUCCAAGGCCAACCCUGGGUACGUGAUUCAACGGCCCAAGCUGUGGCGUGGCGCGACGUGCCCCGGAAGAGCAAGUUGCGCAUUGGUGUUUGGCCGUCUGACCCUGAUUUCCCGGUUACUCCGCCUGUGAGCCGUGCGCUGGCAUCGGCGGUCGAGAAGCUUAAGGCUGCUGGUCAUGAAGUCAAGUUACUUACUCAGCCUCCCUCGUUGAAGACCGCCGCAAUACUAGGUGGUCGCUCCCUUGACCUGGAUCCUGAUCAGAGUAUAUUCAAAAUCCUUGCUGAAGCCGGAGAGGAGCCCAUUCCUGCUCUUCGCGAACUGCGGCCGGAUGAAUUGGUAAGUGGACGUGAGGCUAACCUGGCUGAGAUAUGGAGCAUCAAUGCAGACAAAGAGGAUUACAGGGAGGAAUGGGGGAGGAUCUGGCGCGAGGAAAAACUCGAUGUUCUUCUCUGUCCGGGUGGUAGAACGACCGCUGUUCCUCAUGGGAAGUAUGGUGUGCCAGCGUACACGAUUAUCUGGAAUCUGCUUGAUUUCCCGUCUUCUGUGGUCCCCUAUCUGCAAGCCGACAAAUCAUUGGACUUGCCUGCAACAGAAAAUUACGACCCUGUUGUGGUUGACAAAGCGCCAGUGGGCGUCCAAAUUGUUGGCUGGAGAUUCCAGGAUGAGGAAGUUUUAAUGGCAACCGAGGUAAUCGCUGAAGUACUUGCUAGGUGA